AUGGACAGCAGUUCGAGUCCCUUGUCCUCGCGCCUGGCCUCUUCGGCCUCGUCGCCGCUCACUAGGCUUUCAAACACGCCCUCCCUGCCCAGCUCUCCCGUCGUCCAGCCCGAUGCCGCGGAUCGCUAUCCCUCGCCAAUGUCCUCGUCCACCGUCUCGGGCACACAGUCGCCCAUCAAGCUCGGCGACCCCAUUGCUGACGACAGCCCGCGACCAACAAAGAAGCGGAGGCUGGCGCCCCCGAGAGUCCGCAGCACCGCCUAUCUGGAUCUGGCCAAGCCCAACGAGGAGGCCACCCACGAGGACAAUUUUCAUCUGCAACGAUUGCUGUCCGCCCUCAGGAAGAAGAAGAAAAUCGUCGUCAUCGCCGGCGCCGGAAUCUCCGUCUCGGCCGGCAUACCCGACUUUCGCUCCUCGACCGGACUCUUCGCUACGGCUAAAAGUCAGCACAAACUAAAGGCCUCGGGCAAGCACCUCUUCGACGCCUCCGUCUACAAGCACGAUUCCUCGACACAAUCCUUUCACACCAUGGUCAGGGAAAUGGCCCAUCUAACCAAGGGUGCUUCCCCGACCCCCUUCCACCACCUGCUCGCCUCUCUCGCCAAGGAAGGACGCUUGCUGCGGCUAUAUUCGCAAAACAUCGACUGCAUCGACACCUCCAUGGAGCCACUCGCUACCGCCGUGCCCCUCGAGCCCAAGGGUCCCUGGCCCCCCACCAUUCAGCUCCACGGCGGCCUCCAGAAGAUGGUGUGCACAAAGUGUGGUGACCUGCAGCCCUUCAACGGUGAUCUCUUCGAUGGGCCCGAAGCCCCCCUGUGCGAAAUGUGCAAAGAGCGAGAUCAGGUGCGCACAGCCUUUGCCGGCAAGCGCAGCCACGGAAUCGGCCGCUUACGGCCCAGAUUUGUCCUCUACAACGAGUUCAACCCGGACGAGGAGGCGAUUGGCAACGUGGCCAAGGCCGACCUCAAGACUCGCCCCGAUGCCGUCAUUGUCGUCGGCACCACCCUUAAGGUUCCCGGCACACGUCGGCUCGUCAAGGAGAUGUGCCAAGUCGCUCGGGGACGAAAGGAUGGCUUCACAGCCUGGAUCAAUAUCGACCCCGAGCCUAAGGGGGCAGAUUUCAAGGACUGUUGGGAUCUCGUUGUGCGCUCCAGGUGCGACAACGUGGCUAGGCUGGCUGCCCUGCCACCCUUUGACUGCGAGAUUGGCGACGACUACCUCGUGUCGCAAGAGCAGUACGCCGAGAAGCUCGAGAGUCUGCGGAAGAGCAGCAUCGAGAUUAGCAUUCCAUCCAGCCCAACCAAGUCAGACGCCGAGAUCCAGCUCGAUGCCAAGCCAAGACAAGUCGAGGCAAUCCAGACCAUUCCGACGCCACGCCCGAGCCCGCCCGUUUCCUCCAAGAAGCUCGCGUUCAAGUCCAAUCAGACCAAGAUUACUUUUGGCAACAAGAUUGAUGCCUACGCCGAUCAACAGCCCGCCAAGGGGUCCAAGCCUCGUUCUCGCAAGACCAACCGGCCCGCAAAGGCCAAAUUGCCGCCGCCCAAGAUUACCGUCAUGCAGACCUUCAAGGCUGGCAAGAACAUCCCAGGCAGCGGUGCGGGCCGGAAACGCCUACCUGAGUCGUCGGUCCAGCUAGAGGCCGACGCUGCGUGUUCUCUUCCGCCGCUGCGGCCCGAGCGUCGAAGCUCGGCCGACAGCCUCGUGUUUAAAUGCGCGUCGAGCGACAGCAAAGCCGCCGAGGCAAUCGCCGGGUCGCCGCCCCUCACCCCCGGUACUCUCGACAAGCCGCGUUGCCAGGAUGCCGCCUCGGCCCCGCCCGUUUCAAGUGCCGCGUGUGACGCAAUCGAAGCUUGA